UUCCCCAAAAACACAUACCAAAAUGAGUACCAACUUUUUUUCAACCGUUUUCAUUUUCCAAAUAUUACUAACAUUCAUCAUUCCUUCAACAUCAGCCGUUGGAUCACCAAUCAACAUAUGGCCCAAACCAAGAUCCUUCACAUGGAUCACCACCCCCCAGGCAACCCUUUUAUCCCCAUCAUUCACCAUAACAUCUCCAUCACACCCUUACUUAACUCCGUCAGUCAACCGUUACCUCAGUCAAAUCCAAACCACCCAAUACAAACCCCUACUCAUUCCCCCACUAAACUUAACCACCUCUUUCCCAUUACAAACUUUAACCAUAACCAUAACCGACAUCACAGCCCCGCUUUCUCACGGAGUCAAUGAAUCCUACACUCUCACCAUCCCCUCCAACACCACAACCGCUACUCUCGCGGCCGCUACGCCAUGGGGGGCGAUGCGAGGGCUUGAGAGCUUCUCGCAGCUUGUGUGGGGCAACCCGGCCCGUGUUGCGGCCGGGUUGGUGAUCACGGACUGGCCCAUGUUCGAGCACCGAGGAGUUCUUUUGGAUACUUCUAGGAAUUACUUUGGAGUUGAGGAUUUGUUGAGGUUGAUUGGGGCUAUGAGUGCGAAUAAGUUGAAUGUGUUUCAUUGGCAUAUAACGGAUUCGCAGUCGUUUCCUUUGGUUUUGAAGUCGGAGCCUGAGCUCGCUGCGACAGGUUCGUAUGGGCCGGAUAUGCAGUAUUCGGCAGAGGAUGUGAAACGGGUCGUGGAGUUUGGGUUGGAACACGGUGUUCGGAUCAUCCCAGAGAUCGAUAUGCCCGGACACACCGGAUCAUGGGCUGAAGCAUACCCCGAAAUUGUCGCGUGUGCCAACAUGUUCUGGUGGCCGGCGGGCGCGCCAUGGGAGGAACGCCUAGCAGCCGAACCAGGAACCGGCCACCUUAACCCAUUAAUCCCUAAAACCUACGACGUCGUGAAAAACGUCGUAAAGGAAACAACAACUCUAUUUCCAGAUUCAUUCUACCACGGAGGAGCCGACGAGGUCGUCCCCGGCUGCUGGAAAGCGGACCCCACAAUCCAAAAAUAUCUUGCAAGUAACGGGACUUUAAGUCAAGUCCUAGAGAUUUUUAUCAACAACACCAACCCGUACAUUUUGUCACUCAACCGCACGGCCGUGUACUGGGAGGACGUUAUACUCGACUCCGAAAUCAAAAUCAAUCCGUCGAUUCUCCCACCGGAGACCACGGUCAUGCAAACAUGGAAUGGUGGCCCGAACAACACGAAAAGGUUGGUGUCCGCGGGUUAUAGGACAAUCGUAUCCUCCUCGGAUUUCUACUACUUGGAUUGCGGGCACGGAGAUUUCACGGGGAACAAUAGCGCGUACGAUCAACAUCCUGAUUUCGAGCAGAAAAAGGGCGGGUCGUGGUGUGGCCCGUUUAAGUCAUGGCAGUUGAUAUAUAAUUAUGAUAUAACGUUUGGGUUGACGGAGGAGGAGGCGAAGUUGGUUUUGGGUGGGGAGGUGGCGUUGUGGUCCGAGCAGUCGGACAGUAGGGUACUUGAUUCCCGGAUCUGGCCUAGGGCUUCGGCAAUGGCUGAAGCCCUAUGGUCCGGGAAUCGAGAUGAGACUGGAAAGAAGAGGUCGGUGGAUGCUACGGAUAGGUUGAAUGAGUGGGUUAAUAGAAUGGUUAGCCGAGGCGUGAAGGCCGAACCGAUUCAACCGCUUUGGUGCAUUAGAAAUCCGGGCAUGUGUAACACUUAUAACCCUAUAUUUUGAAACAUGUGGUGUUGAAUGUUGGUUUUGUGAUUGAAAAAUGAGAGAAAGUGAGUGGUUUUAAUUUGUUUUUUUUAGAUUGUAUUGUAAUGAAAUUGGAGUUUAUUUCAAGAGUUUAAUGGAAUGAAGACGACAUGACAAAAUCUUUGGAUACGUUAAA